AUGUCUAGCCGAAGAGCAAGAGCUUCCAACCUCGGUGAAGAUGAGAUCAAUGAACUGGUCUCUAAACUACAAGCAUUACUCCCACAUUCAAGUUCAAGGUGCACCAGAAGGGAACAAAUGCCGCCAUGGAAGAUUCUCGAAGAAACAUGCGGCUACAUCAAGAGGCUGCACAGAGAAGUUGAUAAUCUGAGCGAGCGGAUUUCCCAGCUAUUGGCCUCCACGGACGCCACCGGCGACGUCGAUGUUGCUGACUUUGUCAGAAGUCUCCUACGGCAAUAA